CCUCCUCCUCCUCCACCACUUAAAGAACAUAACAACAUUUCCUCUAGAGCGCCGUUGGAUGAAGAUGAUGAAGAGCGGAUUAUCCGGGAUAGUUCGAAGGAAACAAAGCCAUCUGAAGAUGAGGUGAUUCCUCCUCGUAGCAUGUGUGGUGGUUGCCACUUUGAGAUUGAACAAGGAGGAUCUGUGGAUGUUUUGGGUGUCCCUUGGCAUCCUGAAUGUUUCUCUUGUGGUGCUUGCCACAACCCAAUUUCUAUUGAAAACCAUGUUUCAAACUCAAGAGGCAAGUUUCACAGGGCCUGCUAUGAACGGUACUGCUAUGUCUGCAAAGAGAAGAAGAUGAAAAAUUACCAUAAGCAUCCUUUCUGGGAGGAGAGGUACUGCCCUGCUCAUGAAACUGAUGGAACUCACAAGUGUUUCAGUUGCGAGAGGUUAGAGCCUAGGGGAACGAACUUCGUAAUGCUUGAUGAUGGAAGGUGGCUAUGUCUAGAGUGUAUGUCAUCAGCAGUUAUGGAUACUGACGAAGUCCAGCCUCUGCACUUUGAAAUCCGUGAAUUCUUCCAUGACUUAAACAUGAAGGUUGAGAAAGAGUUUCCACUUCUUCUGGUGGAGAAACAAGCGCUGAAUAAAGCUGAGGAGGAAGAGAAGAUUGACAAUCAGCAUGGUGUGGUAACCAGAGGUAUUUGUCUCUCUGAAGAGCAGAUUGUCACAAAUGUGUCAAAAGGGCCGAAGAUGGGGCCGAACAAGCAGCUAAUAGGCUUGACCACGGAAUCUCAAAGGGUUGUCAGUGAGUUUGAGGUCACUGCAAUUCUCAUCUUAUAUGGACUUCCUAGGUUACUAACAGGAUACAUCUUGGCACACGAAAUGAUGCAUGCUUAUCUUAGACUCAAUGGAUAUAGGAAUCUGAACAACGUCCUGGAAGAAGGAAUAUGCCAAGUGCUAGGGCACAUGUGGUUGGAGUCUCAGACAUACGCUACUAUUGAUGCUGCUGCUGCAUCUUAUUCUUCGUCUUCCCAACCUCCUGGUGGAGCUAAUGCGUCAAAGAAAGGUGAGUGGUCUGAGUUCGAGAAAAAGCUGGUGGAGUUUUGCAAGAAUGAGAUUGAAACAGAUGAGUCAGCAGUCUAUGGUGAGGGGUUUAGGAAAGUUAACCAUAUGGUGACAAAUUCUAACCUCUAUGAAACGCUCCAAGAGAUUCUUCGUCGCCGCGGUUGAUUGAAGAAGACGAAGACGAUCCCCAGAUUCAAAAGUUUUGAAUCAUCCAUUUACCAAACAUACCAUAUAUGUAUUUUACACACAUAUGCACGUUUUCAGCAUUGUUUUUGUUAUUCAAUGAAGCUUUGUAUGUUUUGUUCUAAUGGGUCCAAUAAAGGCCCAUUGGUUCUGUUACUAAUAUCUCACGUAUUGAAUUAAUGGGCUUUUUAAUGA